UGUAUCGACUGUACUGCCCAGCCUCAUAACCUCCCAGAUACUAACCCAAGAUGCCUCCCCCACGACAGGUCGUUGAAGGAGGCUCAACUUUUGAUAAGAUGAAAAUGGGUGCUUUGAUGGGAACUGGUGUUGGUCUCACCAUAGGUCUGAUCUUUGGUCUGACUUCAAUCAUUCGCGCUGGACCGGGACCGAGGGGGACUGUCGCAACGCUCUCGCAAUACAUGCUUUCUUCCGCUGCUACAUUUGGUUUCUUCAUGUCCAUCGGAUCGGUCAUCCGGACAGAAUCUAAAUACUCAGCUUUGCAAUAUGCUCAGACUCCGGCAUCAUUAGCCUGGGCAAGGAUGGCGCAGAGGCAGAAGGUUGAGAUUGAGGUCAAGGAAAAGCGAGAAUGAACGAGGUAUGGUCGACUUCGGAUCUGUAUAGUAUGAGCGCUGCGCGGCAAUGUCAUUGCAAUCCCCUGUCUGUGGUG